GCCGUUGUUGUUUUUAGUUUUCGUAUCAAUUUGGUAUCAAUCAAUAGAUUUUGUAAACUUUGAGUUAUUUUCGCGUUUUAUAAGGCUAACAAAGGAAUUCAUAAAUGUUUCCUGCAAGAUUUACAACCGGCCAAUCAUCCGCUGUCCGGAAACCAAGAGUGGAUGGCAAACCAUCGAUGUUGCCGAAGCCGCGGCGGCCGGGGUCAACAGACCGCGCGUCGGUGGAAGCCCGGCGGCCUAGCACCUCGCACCGGUCGAGCAGCGCCGAACCCGUGCGCGCUACACUCGCUGGAGGCCGACUUAGCCGCGAAGCAUCGGCUUCCAAGUUACCGCUCAAUAGGAGAUCACGAUCACAGCAAGCAGACAGAUAUGGACAGUCCUCUAUGACUCCGCUGCGGUCCAGCCAUUAUGCCAGAACAACCACCACCCCUGUGAGAACUCCUUCAGAAGAUCGUCAGAACCGCAGCUGGCAAGCAUCACUAGAUAGAGCUCUAGCUUUUGUUACCAUUAAGGACCAAAGGCCACUGUCGAGCCCGGCGUGGCUGCGUGCGGAGUUCUCGCGCGUGUCGGAGGCGCUAGGACUGCGCGGCGCGGGCGCGGCGGGCGGCGGGCUGGCGCUGGUGCGGCCGCUCACCAUCACGCGCUUCGUCGACAUCUGCGGGGGGCUGCUCGCCGCCAUCAUGCGGGACACCAAGCUCAACAACGAUAACUAUGUCGCUAAGCUGCCGAACCUGGCUAAGCGGUUCCUGUACCCGGGCGCCGUGUCCAAGUCGUGGCUGAAGACGGUCAACACGCUGCACGCGUUCCCGCACGCGCUCGCGUUCAUCGCGUUCUUUCUCGACCUCGUCAACCAUAUUGAGACUCCCGUGUCUGACGAGUGGCUGUACGCGGAGAAGGACGAACUGGCGUGUCUGCGGCGAGAUUUCCUCUACAAAAGUUGGAUCAGAUUUCAGGACCCGGGACACGAGUUUGAGGACCUGGAUGCGGAGUACCUGCUGAACCUGAAGCAGCUGCUGGGGCACGACGAGCAGCGCGUCGCGCAGCUGCAGGAGACGAUACAACAAUGCGAAGCGGCGCUGGAAGACGAGAGCGAGCUGGCGGCGCGGGCGGAGGAGGAGCGCGUGCGCGCGCGGCGCGAGGCGGCGGCGGCGCGCCUGCGGGCGGCGCGCGCCGACGGGCGGCGCCUGCGCGCGCACGGGGACGCGCAGCGCGCGCGCCGCCGCGACCUGCACGACGACGUGCGCGCGCUCGACGCCGACAUCGCCAGCAUCACGGCGGAGAUCCAGCAGCUGAAGCGCGAGCUGGAGUGCCAGGACAUCAGCGUGGCGGAGCGCGCGCGGUUGCUGGACGAGGUCGACUACGCCACGCGCGUCAUCGACUCCAAGCGAACGCUCGCCGAACAAGUCUCCAAGAUAAUGCUGAACAAAGAAACGGAGCUGGCUCUGUGGCAGAAACGCACGCUGGACAGCUGCGUGGAGUACAAGCAAGCGCUCAUACACCUCGCGGCCCGCUUCCCGCCAGUAGCCGGGCUCGCCGUCGACGAGCAGGAGUUGAUGGAGGCGCGGUGCGCGGAGGCGGUGUCCCGCGCGGUGGACACGCUGCGUGCGCACGCGCAGCAGCUGGCCGAGCGCCGCGCCGAGCACACGCGAGCAAGGGCCAAGCACUGCCGGCUCAGGCAGCACCAGCUGGAGGAAACCAAAGCUAAAAUAGAAGAAAUGAAAUCAGUCAUCUCCCGGGAGCAACAAGCUCUAGACUCUGACAGCAUUCGCGAGGCCACGGAGACGGCGAGCUGGACGGCCGAGCGCGACCAGCUGGCGGCGAAGAUGGAGGAACUGAGAGCUAGUGAGGCCGAGUAUGCGCGCGCGCAGGCCGAACUCGAUUUCUGGGAGAAGCAGGAAGUCGCCUGGACCACCCGCCUAGCAGAGAUGCGCGAGUACAUCGCCCGCCUGCGAGAGCAGCUGUCGCGUGAGCUGGACGCGGAGAAGAAGAAGAAAGCCAACCAGAUCCUGGACGCCGUGUGCGCCUGGCAUAUGCGGCUCGACGCUAUAGAGGACGAGGAGCAACGCCGGCGGGCCGGCGACAACCAACGAGCUUUGUAAAUCCAUCACAAUCCGACUCCAUGGCGUGGCGUCACAUAGACGAGGGCGAACGAUCCAGUGCAUGACGUCACUAAACGCUUGUUGUGUUGUUGUCGCUGUGACCAGUGUACUCCGGCUUCACAGCCCCUCGCAUCCUGAUGCUAAAAAUAUAUAAAAUGAGCAGGUUUUAAUGUGUGAAGAUUCAGUGUUGAAGGACAUAUUAUAAUCACGAGUAAUAUUUUAAUUAGGUGAUAAUCUGUGUUUGACUUUAAAGAUGUAAUAUUAAUAAACGUAUUUAAGAUUUAUAGUACAAA